UCGAAAAAUGAGAACCACAAGUGUUGCUGUUGCCGUUCUGGCAUCUAUGGCCCUGUCAACCAUGGCCAGUCCUACAAUUCGUGAUAGCGAAAUGGACAUCAAACCUCAAGCUAGCGACGCGUAUGAAUGUUCGGAUGUCAUGUGCAUGAUGCACUGCGAAGAGGGAUUCAAACAGGACGAGUUUGGAUGCGACAUCUGUGAGUGUGUAGAACCCGAGGAGCACAAGUGCCCGGAGGCUAUGUGUACCAUGUAUUGUGAAGAGGGCUUCCAACAAGAUGGGUUUGGUUGCGACAUCUGCAAAUGUGUGGAACCCGAGGAGCACAAGUGCUCAGAUGUAAU